AUGCUGUUUUGUUGUUUGAGGGAACACUUCAUUACCACAGAAAGGCGGUUCCUGUACGUCUUCAACCAGGGUGUGGACAGCGAGGGCUGGGGUCUGUCACACUGUCCUUUCUCGUGCCUUCAUUCAGCCAGAGCUGCCACUUCAACAGGUAGCGCUGCAUCACACCCCUCUCCCAGGGCACUCCUGGUAGGGGACGAAGGAUUCCACUAGCCCGAGGAGACAUAAAGAGCCACAAUGGACGACAUCUUCACCCAGUGCCGAGAGGGUAACGCUGUAGCCGUCCGCCUCUGGCUGGACAACACAGAGAACGACCUUAACCAGGGAGAUGAUCACGGAUUCAGUCCACUGCACUGGGCGUGUCGGGAAGGCCGCUCCAAUGUGGUGGACAUGCUCAUUAUGAGAGGAGCCCGCAUCAACGUGAUGAACCGGGGAGACGAUACACCACUCCACCUGGCUGCUAGCCAUGGACACCGUGACAUUCUGGGCAAGCUAAUCCAGUUCAAAGCUGACACCAAUGCAUCCAAUGAACACGGCAACACCCCGCUCCACUACGCCUGCUUCUGGGGCCAUGACUUGGUCGCUGAGGACCUUGUCAAUAACGGUGCUCAAGUGAGCAUCUGUAACAAAUAUGGAGAAACACCAGUGGACAAAGCCAAGCCACACCUCCGUGACCAUCUGAAAGAAAUGGCAGAGAAGCAAGGACAGAAUUUGACCAAAGUUCCCUUUAAGGACACCUUCUGGAAGGGCACAACCCGAACACGACCACGCAAUGGUACACUAAACAAGCAUGCUGGCAUUGACUACAAGCAGCUCUCAUUUAUGGCCAAGGUCAAUGAAAAUCACUCAGGAGAGUUGUGGAAGGGCCGCUGGCAAGGGACGGAAAUUGUGGUGAAGGUGCUCCAUGUUCGGGAUUGGACCACCAGAAAGAGUCGGGACUUUAAUGAGGAAUACCCCAAACUGAGAAUCUUCUCCCAUCCCAAUGUGUUGCCCAUGUUAGGGGCGUGUCAGUCACCCCCUGCUCCACACCCCGUCAUCAUCACACACUGGAUGCCGUAUGGCUCCCUUUACAACGUGCUCCACGAGGGCACCAACUUUGUGGUGGAUCAGAUGCAGGCGGUGAAGUUUGCGCUGGACAUUGCAUGUGGGAUGGCCUUCCUUCAUACACUGGAGCCCAUGAUUCCACGUCACUAUCUCAACAGCAAGACUGUCAUGAUAGAUGAGGACAUGACAGCCAGGAUAAGCAUGGCAGAUGUUAAGUUCUCCUUCCAGUGUCCUGGCAGGAUGUAUUCUCCAGCAUGGAUGGCCCCUGAAGCUCUGCAGAAGAAGCCAGAGGAAAUUAACAGGCGUUCUGCAGACAUGUGGAGCUUUGCUGUGCUGCUGUGGGAACUGGUCACCAGAGAGGUACCGUUCGCUGAUCUCUCCAACAUGGAGAUUGGCAUGAAGGUGGCACUAGAAGGUCUGCGUCCCACAAUCCCGCCUGGCAUCUCGCCCCACAUCUGCAAACUUAUGAGGAUCUGCAUGAACGAAGAUCCUGCCAAGAGACCCAAAUUCGACAUGAUCGUGCCCAUCCUGGAGAAGAUGCAAGACAAAUAAAGAGCUCUGGCUGUUCUCUCUCUACACUUCUUUCUACAAGUCCCCUGCGCAUAAACAACCUCCUCACCCUCUUCAUAUGCUGAUUUGCACCAGUAUUGCCUUAAACCCGCCAUUCACCAAAGUGCUCUGUCACUGUAACCUUUCAGCAAUGAAAGCAUGUUUGUACUUUGUACGUGUCGGACUAUUUAGUGUUAUCCUCGCAAUCUCUCUUGUACUGUUCUUUGUGACACACAAUCAGUGGAUGAUUGUGUAUGUCUGGCUGUACGUAUGUCUGCUCUGUGUGAGGGGUUUACGGAGACAGAUAGGGAAGUAUUUAAAUGCCUCUUAAUAGCCAUAAAUCAGCGUGUUGGUGACGAGGAGCAUGUGACACAGUGAAUGUACUGUAACAACUAAACUGUACCAUCUAACCACUAGUCCCUGUAUGUCAUUGUUCAUCAUCACUGUCCUUCCUGGGGGCCAUACUUCACCAUUAUUCACUGUGCUUGAGAAGUCUUUCUUUAAAUUGUCAUUUGUAAGUCUCGCAAUGUAUGUUUCUUAACCUUUGAGGCAAAGGGAGUAUUCCUGUAUUAACUCCCUGCAAAAGAAGUAUAUAUGCAAUGUAUUUGGUCAAAUAUACCAUGUUAGCCUUAUUCCCCACUUUUAGCAGUCAUCCAUUAAUUAAGUAACAUUUAUAUGUGUGCAAAAAGUGUUUCCUGCCAUAUCUUAAAAAAUAUAUUCUUUUUUUUUAAGAUCCUGUACUAAACAAAUUGAAAGACUUGCAACAUCCAAUAGCUAAUGCUAGUUUUAUGCCUUAUCAUGCAACUAGUUACCCAAUAAUGAAAUGCCCAAAGCAUCUUGGUGGUUAACUUCAUUAAUGUAUGAUUGCAGUUAUUUUAAUGAUAAGAUUUCCUGUCGUUUCAUGUUUUGGUCCAGGCUAGGAGAAAAGUGGCAUUUUUUCCCCCUGCUAUGAAUGCAUGAGUUUUGCCCUAUUUCAUUAACUAUCCUUUUUCUAUUAUCUAAUCUUCAUCGUCCAUGCUGUGUGCUGAAAUGUAACAGUCUAAACUAUUUUAUACUGUCUGUAUACAUAUGUAUGUUUUUAACAUUGGGAGGGGAGAUGCAUCUGCCAACCCAUGAGUGCUUUAUGACCUUCUGCCAACACUACAUCUAUACACUAGCUUCACUCUGUCUGAUUUACUGUCCAAUGUGAGCUUCUCAGUGUUUAAUAAGAGCCAGUGAGAAAAAGAUCAUAGAUGUCCCAUAUCAUUUUAAAAAAUGCAAUAUAUAUAUAAUGAUCAGUAACAGAUUUUUUUUUUCUUCUACUCUAGCUUUAAGCAAACCAGUUGUGGAGGAAGUGAUCUGGAAGUGGUCUUUUAAAUUAUCAUGCUAGUUCUUAGUUUUCCGCUAUUAUUUUGGAAUAAAACUUUGCGGCUUUCCUUAUUUUGGAAAUUUGGGCUGUUUGUGUUUUUCAUGUUAACAGGAGUUUGCAGCCGAACAGAAGACGAGAACAAAUAAAGCGUUUUGGCCUUGCUUAA